AUGGUGAACCGGGGCCCUAGUGAUGCUGCUCCACUUCAGACACCGGCUGCGCCCGUCGUGAAGCGAAAGCGCCGUGCAUCCUGCUUAGGCGAGCAAGAACGUCGUGAACGCAAAAGAGCAAUUGACCGAGAAGCCCAGCGGUCACUGAGAGAGAAGACAAAGACGCACAUUGCUGAGCUUGAGCGCACCAUACAGAUCCUCAGAGAUCAGGACCGUAACGGGGCAACGGCAAAUCUCCUUUCGGAAAUCGAGGAUCUGCGCAAAGAAAACGAUCGGUUACGAGAUGUUAUUGAGAGUGUCAGGAGCGUCGUAGGAGGUGGCUUGUUGUCUCGCAACUCUGCUCUUACGCAUACAGGCAACUCGUCAGCUGCAAGCAGUGUUGAGCAACGGUCACCUAAGCGUCGAGCAACGUCUAUCCAAGAUGAUAAUAAACCUUCAACUCAGGCUCUCUUACCCAAACCAAGUGGCAUCGAGCCUGUCGCAGCUACAACGCGGUCACUGGAUCUCGAUGGCAUGACAAUGAUGGCAGAUGUGACCAGUUCCACGGCUCCAGAUCAAGCUAUCCAAACAGAUCUCAAUUUAAAGCCACUUGCUGAAUGCCAAGAAGAAGAGUUCUUCGGGCCCGACUGGCGCUGUCCCUCGCCUGUCGUCCUACACAUUGGCAACCCAGGGUCUUCAGUAUUCCUCAGCCCAAACGACAAGUGUCCGACCUGGAACAAAGCCAACGAGCUCUAUGGCAAUGUGUUCAAAUACCGCCCAGGUACUGGAACCCUCACAACCCUCGAGGAAGCCGGUCUCUUGUACUCUGGCAUCAAACAUGGGUGGAAUAUGCUUUCUGACGAUUGCACGCAGAGCCCCGCGCUCGUCAUUCAAAAACAGGUCGACGUGUCGUUGUUUCACCAUCUACCGAAGAUGAACAGAUUGGCAAUUGCAUACAAGAGCUUCAAGCUACUAAAGUAUUAUCUCAAGGCCACCAAAGAAGAACUCGACAAAGUACCCAAGUGGCUACAACCUAGCCACGGCCAAUCAGCUACAAAGCACCCCGUCGCCAUCGACUUCUUCGCCUGGCCCUCCCUUCGCGACCGCCUCAUCGCCUACCAAGAAACAUUUUUCCAAGACAGCGAAUUCUCCCGCUGUUACGUAGACUAUGUACAGUUUGACUGGCCCUUUCCCUUUGAGGACGCCUUCUUUCAAGAUGAGGCUACGGGGACCUACUAUCCAAGCCCCCUAUUCGAGCGCUAUCACAACGACCUACAGUACUGGACCGUGGACCCAAAGUUUUCGGAGAAGUUUCCAGAGGUGGUUGGGGAUAUCGAUGUGGAUCGGAGGAGGUUUGCAGAGGUUGAGGGCGAUGCAAGGUAG